AUGACCGAGCUACCAUGUUUCGUUUACGACCAAUUACCUGCUGGCUAUAUCCGCCUACUUACGCCCACAUCUUCGUCGUCCGAAAACGGCCAAAGCUGGAGCCUACAAACCGUCAGCCUUGAUCCACCAGACCUUGUAUAUGAUGCACUAUCCUAUACUUGGGGAUCACAAGCCGAAUUGUUUCCCAUUACUUUAAACGGGUGUGUUUCGUAUGUGCACGGCAAUCUACAUUCUGCACUUCCUUACCUGGCUAGCCGAGGAAACACUCGCCCCGUACUGCCAAUCUGGAUCGAUGCUAUUUGCAUCAACCAAGCGCACCACGAAGAAAAGAUGAGUCAAAUCCGGGAGAUGAACCGCAUUUAUCUGUACGCAGCAAAGGUAUGGGUAUGGCUUGGCAUUCCCGAGUAUCCAGAGCGCGUCUCGGAGGCCAUGGAUACACUUGAGUCUCUUGAGGGAACUCAAGUAAUCGAUCUUAGCCGCUUCGAUCUUCCUCUGAGAUCAGCAAUCUGCCAUCUCGAACUAAAUGGUUGGUUUCGAAGACUUUGGGUAGUGCAAGAAGCGGCGCUGGCUAGAGAGAUCAGCUUUCUCAGUGGAGAUGUCGAAUUGCAAUGGUUAGACAUGGAGAGGGCUAUGGCUCGCACAGAUAACGAUGUGAUAUUUCACACUCGCCAGUUGGCGCAAUGCUACUGGAAUGAUGGGGAAAUUCUUGGUGUUAGCCCUUCAACCCUUCUGACGAAUGUUGCAGUUCUUACCACCGCGACACAAGAAUGUCUUCGACCUGAGGAUCGCGUUCUUGGGCUAUUAGGCAUGGUGAAUCAGGACGACCUGCGGGGCAGAACUCUUGAUCCCGAGAUGGCUUAUACUUCCUAUCAAGAUCUGUUCACGCGGUUCAGCGCUUGCAUACUCACGGAGUACCCAGACCCAAACAGCGUCAAAUGGUGGGCAUGGCUUAGUAUGGCCUUCGGACCCGGUAAAUGCAAUGGUCUUCCAUCCUGGGUGCCGGAUUUUCACAGUGUCAGUGACACGAUUUAUUCGGUAGGCAGCUUGGAAUACAGAGUUCCUUCUUAUCAGGCUGCGAUCGGACAAAAAAAUGAACCGCGAGGCGACUUGAAGAUUGGGCAGCUGAAGCUCCGAGGUAGGAUUUUGGAUGAGGUUGUUAUGGUAUUUGAAUCGAUACCCAUGGACGUUGGAUGGUAUUUGGAUGGAUCUCCAGCUAGGCAGAACGAGAUACUGAUGGCUGUGGCGGAAUGGGAAGAGAAACUUGCUCACGACGUAAUGCAUAGUACAACUUUCGAGACGAGACAAGAAGGUUGUGUAGGCGUGCAUCGUGACAUUACUCUCGAUACGUACUGGCGUACGUUGAUCGGCAACAAAGCAUCUGUGCAAGAUGAAGUGGUCAUGCGGGAUUGGUAUGAUGACUUCCAAGCCAUAGGCCGAAGCUUGAGGGAAACUGACACUGCUCACGAAAUUGAGAGGUAA